GAUAAAAGACAUUAUGUCUAAAAUCAUUUGUCGUCCACCUCUGAUUUAUGUGGAGAAUUUGUCAGUUACUUGCGGAGAACAGGUUUGUACUGGUACAGAAUCCAGGAACACUGUUUAGCUUAACAGUCAGCCGUUACAUAACUGAAAUACUGCUGAAAAACGGUGUUAGACCCAAAACAAACAAAACAAAUACAAUCAAAUAUACCCGAAUACAAUUAAGAACGGCAGGAACUCGAAAUGUGUUCUAUUUUGUUUGCUGCCUAAUCUACGUGAAUAUAAAUGUAUUGUAUUAAAUCCCUAACAUGAAGACUAUACAGAUGUUAAGUACAUGUAACAUCGUGAACACGUCUGUGGUGCAAACUGUACAGACAAAAAAGGCCAUUUUUAGAAUUUGCACAUACAUACACUGAAAAUAUGAAAUAAACAACGAGGACAAAAUAGGACAAUGCCAUGGAACUUCCAGUGGCAAAAAAAACUCCACUUUAAAACGGUUCAAGUCAAAUAUGAUGAGAAACAUGAUUUUGCAGAAAUUCGCAAUCAAUCAUGCGUUGUGACAAUGCGAAGAGUCAAUAUCUCACUAGUCCUUCGUUAGACGAUGUAUAUACUAAAGGUAACAUGUCUGGAGGACGACAAAAUGUAUAAUUUUCCUUGCUUGACAGUAUAUUUUAGCUAAGAAAUGAAAUGAUUUUGUUCGGUGUUCACGCGAAAUGAACGACAGAAUAGGAUCGGCAAAUCCAUGAAUUGCGCAAGCAAUUCAUGUUUAAUUUGCCGAUCCUAUGCUGACAAUUGAUUCUGACCAAGAUCAGUCUGCACAUCCGCGCAAUCUGUUACUGGUCUUCACUGAACACCCCUUCAAAUAAUUAAUGGUUCUGCCCAAAUUGAAUGAUGGACCAGUCCAUUUUAUAAAUCUAGUAGGCUAAAGGUUAACAAUUGUUUUUUUUAGAUUUGGAUUCACUGCACCACCAACAGGAUUCAGAACACGACGGGAUUUAAGAACUCUAACAGACGAAGAAUGGAAUAGAACUGUAAACGUUUUCCUUGAAAUGUAUAAGAGUGGUACUCUUCGCGCAUUUGGACGCUUGCAUUCUGAAGUAAAUAAAAAGGCUCAUAAAGGAGCGGCAUUUCUUGUGUGGCAUAGAGUAUUCUUAACACAUUUUGAGGAAGAAAUGCGAAAAAUUGAUCCUAGUGUAUCUCUCCCUUACUGGGACAGCUCUGCUGACUUCUAUAUAGCCAAGCCAACAGAGUCUGUUGUCUGGAGUGACUGUUUCAUGGGCUCAGGGAACGGUGCCAUUUCAGGAUAUUUCGAAAACUUUUACGGGACACAUUAUUCAUAUAUCACCAGAAAUGCAAGCCGUGACUGCAAAGGGAAACUAAUAAGUCUGGACGACGUGAACAAGCUUCUGCAAUUUUGUCAUUUUAAGGUAUGUUUACAGGGAUAG